AUGAGUACAACAGCAUCCCAAGAACUCAGGCGUUCAAAGCGCAAACUCGACGAGCAAGCCGCCAACCCAGUCCCCAACACCAGCAAUGCGCCAGCACCCAAGAAACGUGCGCGUAAAAUCACUGCAUCAGACAUCACACCCAUACAAACCCGCCCAGUCUACACCACCUUACCUCCCUUCCUCGCCCUCCCACGAGAGCUACGAGAUGAAAUCUACGCGCACGUCCUAGAAUCCGACAACACAUCAACACUCAAACCCGGGGCCCUUGGCAUCGUCACACGCUGCGGCCUCGCCGGAGUAAACAGACAGAUCUGCGACGAGUACAUCGAUGCCGUCCUCUUCCACGCACCCGUCAUAACGACCACAGUGCGCAACCACAACUUCGCACCCGUCGUCACGUUCCUAAACCGGCUGUCGCAGGCCCAGUUGAAGAAGCUGAGUAACGAUGGACUUGAGGUCGCGGGGGCAUACGACAGUCGUGCGGUGCCGAUGCGCAAGAUACGUAUUAUUCUGUCGUAUACUGCUGGUGCGAAGGAUAGCCAUGCGCAACUGAAUCGCUGGCUGGAUAGGUUCGAUAAUCCUGAUAAACGGGGGUUGGGGAUUGAGUUCGAGUACGAGGGUGAUGGGACGUGGCACAAGGGAGGGUACAAACAGAGACCUAGGCCACGGGUUGGUGCGAGUAAACGGUGGAUAGAAGAAGCGCAGAAGGUCAGGGAUGGCGGUCGUGGUCGGAGACGGAAUGGGUGGUAUGCAGUUUAUGGGCGGAGGUGCUGA